UAUAUUCCCAGAAUAUGUUGAAUAUUUGUAUUAUUCUGUUGGUUUUUUUUAAUUUGACGGAGAAUUUGACACGUGGUUCAGAUUUCCAUGAAAACCAAGAGUCGUGUUUUGUAUCAAGAGAACUGGAAGAUCAAUGCGCUUCCGUUUGUUAUCCCACCGUCAAGCCGUUGCUUAAAUACAUGGGAAUAUGCCAUCAGAAGGAUCUACAAAUAAGUGGAAUUCAGAACCAACUUCAAGACCAAAAUGAGAAGGUUACCAAAUACAAAACUCAAGUAGAAUUUCUCAAUAAAAAGUUGGUAGAUGAGCGAAGUUCUUCUGGCCUCAAGAAUGACCUAAAAGAAACCAUCGAUAAGGUGCAGAACCUCAGAUUGGAGCUCAGUGGAGAGUUGAAAAAGUUAAACAGACAGAAAAACAAUACCGUGAAGGAUCUGAACGAAGAAAUCGACAGAUUGAAGUUGCAACUGACAAGUAAGGAGCUAAAGGAGAAAAAUAUGGAAGAAAAGGUUGAAAUAUUAAAAAAGAAGAAUAGUACCUUGAAGAAUCUGCAAGAAGAAAUCGCGAAUGUGAAGAUGCAACUGAAGAGAAAGGAUGAACAAAACGAGAAAACGAUGAUAGAAAAGGAUGAAAUUAUAAAACAAAAGGAUAAAACGAUGGAAGAAAAGGAUGAACUCUUAAAACAGAAGGAGAAAAUUAUGGAAGAAAAGGAUGAACUAUUAAAAAAGAAGGAUAGUACCUUGAAGAAUCUGCAAGAAGAAAUCGCGAAUGUGAAGAUACAACUGAAGAGAAAGGAUGAACAAAACGAGAAAACGAUGAUAGAAAAGGAUGAAAUUAUAAAACAAAAGGAUAAAACGAUGGAAGAAAAGGAUGAACUCUUAAAACAGAAGGAGAAAAUUAUGGAAGAAAAAGAUGAACUAUUAAAAAAGAAGGAUAGUACCAUGAAGGAUCUGCAAGAAGGAAUCGCGAAUGUGAAGAUUCAACUGAAGAGCAAGGAUGAACUUUUAAAACAAAACGAGAAAACGAUGAUAGAAAAGGAUGAACUAUUAAAACAAAAGGAGAAAAAUAUGGAAGAAAAGGAUGAACUCUUAAAAAAGAAGGAGAAAAAUAUGGAAGAAAAAGAUGAACUAUUAAAAAAGAAGGACAAUACCUUGAAGAAUCUACAAGAAGAAAUCGCGAAUGUGAAGAUGCAACUGAAGAGAAAGGAUGAACAAAACGAGAAAACGAUGAUAGAAAAGGAUGAAAUUAUAAAACAAAAGGAGAAAACGAUGGAAGAAAAGGAUGAACUCUUAAAACAGAAGAAGAAAAUUAUGGAAGAAAAAGAUGAACUAUUAAAAAAGAAGGAUAGUACCAUGAAGGAUCUGCAAGAAGAAAUCGCAAAUGUGAAGAUUCAACUGAAGAGCAAGGAUGAACUUUUAGAACAAAACGAGAAAAAAAUUAUAGAAAAGAAUGAACUAUUAAAACAAAAGGAGAAAAAUAUGGAAGAAAUGGAUGAACUCUUAAAACAGAAGGAGAAAAUUAUGGAAGAAAAGGAUGAACUAUUAAAAAAGAAGGAUAGUACCAUGAAGGAUCUGCAAGAAGAAAUCGCGAAUGUGAAGAUUCAACUGAAGAGCAAGGAUGAAAUUUUAGAACAAAACGAGAAAACAAUGAUAGAAAAGGAUGAACUAUUAAAACAGAAGGAGAAAACGAUGGAAGACAAGGAUGAACUAUUAAAACAGAAGGAGAAAAAGAUGGAAGAAAAGGAUGAACUAUUAAAAAAGAAGGAGAAAACGAUGGAAGAAAAGGAUGAACUCUUAAAAAAGAAAGAUAGUACCUUGAAGAAUCUGCAAAAAGAAAUCGCGAAUGUGAAGAUGCAACUGACGAGCAAGGAUGAAUUAUUAGAACAAAAGGAGGAACAAAUUAAAAAAAAGGAGCAGUUUAUUAGGCAUAUUUUGGAUAAUGCAGACCCAAAAAUCAGCGAGACUCAUACAAUCGAUGUUCCUUUGGCAGAACCAGACGAAAGGGGUUGGACAAUUAUUUUGCAAGAGCUUGAGGGAUCGGCUAGUCUAGAAAAGAAGCUUGCUCAAUAUAAAGAAAAGCCGUUCAACAAUGGAAAUGAUUCAUUUUUCAUCGGCCGCAAGAAUCUGUAUUUCAUGACACAGGCCUCGCCACACGAAAUUCUUAUCCAAGUAAAAUUUGUGGAUGGCAGAAGUUCUUCGGUUCAAGACAUUCGCUUCAAAAUGGGCAACGCAGAAGAAGACUACACACUCAGGUCGGUCGAUGAUAAUUUACCAAACAGAAAGUACUCCAUUACCGAAAUAAAAGCGCUUAUGGCGAUUCAGGUUCUUAUGAAACGAAAAAUGCCAUUCAGUUCUAGGGACUGGAAGCAAUUGACCAUUAAGUUCAGAGAGAUCCAAUAAUAGAAGAAGGAACCAUUAUGCGCCCUUGAUAGAGAAGUAUUUUUAUAUAUUUAAAUACAAUUUUUGAAUUCUUCGGUAAUUGAUGAAGCUACCGUGAACUAACGUUAAAAAAAUAGUUUAAAAAAUAAAAGUUAAUGCUGGUUUUUCUGUUAUUUUCUGGUAUUUUUUUUGGUUCAAUAAAUAUGGAGAACACCAA